AAAUUUUCGCUGACUUCAGUCGUAACACGUUGUAUUGUAUAAUUGUUUGAUAAUUAUUGUUAUACGUAAAUUUUGUAAUUUUUUGUUUAAACAACGAAGCCAUGUUGAAUUUUUAUAGUAAUAUUGUUCAAAAAAGUCAAGAACCCCAUUCAAAUUCAUCGAAUGGCCGUUUAAGAAGAUAUUCGGUGUAUAGAAACUGUGGCGCCGUUGAGAGUGUAAACCUACAAAGUGUUUUCUUAAAUAUAGAGGACGGAACGGAUGACUUAACCACAGUUGAUAAUAUGCCUAAAAGUAUAUCAGCGCCCUUAGGCGUAGAAAACAGCAACUCAACCAACAAUCCAACAGUUAUGGAAAUUGCUUCUCCUAAUGCACAGCGUGAAGGCGAUGGCGUUAAUCCUUUAACAACUGCUACAAACAACGGCAGUGGUACCGUCACCUCUGAGUCAUCUUCAUCAGCAAUAACGCCUGCUGCACUGGCGGAAAACACUCUGCAUGUUGAAAUUUCGGACGCUUUAAGUGAAAAAGAUAAAGUUAAGUUUACCGUGCACACCCGCACAACUUUGCCGGGUUUUGCUAAACAGGACAAUAAUGUGGUGCGCCAACACGAGGAAUUUGUUUGGUUGCACGACCGUUUCGAGGAAAAUGAAGAAUAUGCUGGUUAUAUUAUUCCACCCUGCCCGCCACGCCCUGACUUCGAUGCCUCACGAGAAAAAUUACAGCGACUUGGAGAGGGAGAGGGCAAUAUGACAAAGGAGGAGUUUAAGAAAAUGAAAUCGGAACUCGAAGCCGAAUACUUGGCCACUUUCAAGAAAACUGUAGCCAUGCAUGAGGUUUUCUUGCGCCGGCUGGCAAACCAUCCGGUAUUUCGUGUAGAUCAGCAUUUAAAAGUGUUCCUUGAGUAUGACCAGGAUCUCUGCGCCAAGCCGCGUAAGAAAAUGGCUAUUUUCGGUGGAUUUGUUAAAUCGCUGGGAAAGACUACAGAUGAAAUAUUAAUGAGUGCAACAGUGCGCGAUGUAAAUGAUUUCUUUGAAAACGAACUGCAAUUUCUCAUUGAAUAUCAUGGACAUUUGCGUGAUGCUGCCGUGCGCACUGAGAAAAUGACGCAACGUCACAAAGAAGUCAGUGAAUGCCAUCAAAAAAUUUCAAAUGCGUUAAUGCAACUUUCGACUGCGGAAAAGGGAAGCAUGGAAACAUUUUGCGCCAAAUCGGCGGAAAUCUUUGAAAAAAUUAAGAACUUGGAAGCACGCGUCUCUAGCGAUCAGGACCUGAAGCUCGGUGAUACUUUGCGUUACUACCAGCGCGAUAGCGAUGCAGCGAAAGCGCUCUUAAUUCGUCGUUUACGUUGUUUAGCAGCAUAUGAGGCGGCUAACCGCAAUUUAGAGAAAGCGCGUGCCAAAAAUAAGGACGUACAUGCUCCUUUGGAUGUUCAAGAGGCAGAAGCAGCGCAAGCAGAGGCUUGUGAGAAAUUCGAAUCGAUGUCGGCAUGUGGAAAGGAGGAAUUGGUUGGAUUUCGCAAUCGGCGCGUAGCGGCCUUCAAGAAAGGCUUGGUUGAGCUAGCAGAACUGGAGAUCAAGCACGCACGCACUCAAUACGAAUAUUUACGCCAAUCUCUACUGGCGCUGAAGGAAAUUGCCUGAACUGUUGACUUGUACUUGUUAUAUACUUCUCAAUACCCUUAUACAUUUAUACAUCAUAUUUACAUACAUAUAUACAUGUAUAUAUAUGCCACGCAAAAUAUAUAGCAGCCACAUAAUAAUUAUGAAUAUUGACUUAUAUACAAUAUGUCAAAUAUUAUGUAUACAGCUAAAGUAUUUCUAAAAAUUGUAUUAUUGUUCUAAUUCAAAUUUACGUAUUGAUUUUUGUAUGACGAAAUAACUUGAGAAAAAAUUAUGUACGAUUUUUUGAAAUUAUGUGGAAAACUUUUCUGCUGCAUUCUAAGACCAUUCCAAAGUGCUUGAUUUAUUUGAUUACAAAUAAAAGUAUUUCCAGUA